UGUAAAGAAUACUUAGAAAGAAAAGGAUUGAGAGUAAAAGUACUGAAUGAAUCUUUUAUUACUGAAGACUCUUUUGGAGGAUUAAAGAAAUAUGGAGAAAACCUGGAAAAAUUUAGAAAACAAGAAUUAGAUAGAGAACAAUUCCGAAAAGAAACUAUAGAAUGGGAAAAAUGGAUAAGAGAUAAUUGGAUGACUCAAAUUUAUAUUUGUAUGGCACAUGAAGAAAAACCAGAUGUAAUAUUAAUGGACCGAAAUUUAAUAGAAGCAUUAAUGAUUUUGUGGAACACCCCAAUUGAAGAAACUAUAAAAAGACUAAGAUUCAGAGGAAGACCUGGAGAAGAAGAUAUAAAAUAUUUUCAAACCUUAGCAGAAACAUAUCAAGAAAAUGCUAUUAAAAUAUAUCCGAAUGUAAAAGAUACUACAAAUAAAAUGCCACCUCAAAAGAAAAGAAAAAUAGAAGAAGAGAUUACUAAUCUAGAUACAGUAAAAGCAACUAAAACCUGGACGAAAGAAAUAUUUAAAAUUCAGAACAAUAGAAUUAAAGGAGACAGCCUGGAAGAGAAAGCAGCACAAAUAUUAAAAGCUCAGAAUAUGAUAACUAUAAUGACAAAAGCCCACCUCUUAGAAGAAAAUGAAGAAAAAAUAAAAUUAAGAAAAAUUGUAGGUGAUGGAGGAGUAGAUUUAUUUGGAGAAAUAGUAAUACAUAAUCAAACAUUACAAUGGAUAGCGCAAUGUAAAAUGACAAAAAGAUUAGAAAACAGUGUA